UUGAAUCGCCUUCCCCACCGUGUGGCUUUUAAAUAGACGGUUCUAGAGGCGAACCCACAAUCCGUUCUGAAUUUUCGUGUAAUACAGACGUCUGUGUUUCUGAGUAAUGGCUCCUAAAACGAGUGGUAAAGCAGUGAAAAAGGCUGGCAAAGCCCAGAAAAACGUUGCUAAGACGGACAAGAAGAAGAAGCGUAAGAGGAAGGAAAGCUACGCUAUCUACAUUUACAAAGUUUUGAAGCAAGUCCACCCUGAUACUGGAGUCUCCAGCAAGGCAAUGAGCAUCAUGAACAGCUUCGUUAACGAUCUCUUCGAACGCAUUGCCGCUGAAUCUUCCCGUUUGGCUCAUUACAACAAGAGAUCCACCAUCACAUCUCGGGAGAUCCAGACUGCUGUGAGACUUAUUCUUCCUGGUGAACUUGCCAAGCACGCCGUGUCUGAAGGUACCAAGGCUGUCACCAAGUAUACCAGCUCUAAAUAGUUUAUUUUCAUUCUGCUGAUCUGAACAAUCGGCCCUUUUCAGGGCCAA